GGCUUCUGCGCACGGAUUUCAAACAGACGCAGCGACGGACUCGUUGCGGAGCAUUUGAAGCGGGACGUCGGUGCUGAACGUCUGAACGGAGGGAACGAGAGUCUGUCUGUUGAUAAACCACGUCCACACCGCGCAGAAAUCUACAACCCCGGUGUUUAUGUCCCACUGUGAGAAGGCCAGCAUGAAGUACCCACGCUAUGAAGCCACCAGUGUGGAGAAGAGCUCACCAGCUGCAGAGUCCAGGGUGUUCCACCUGAAAGCUUCCCCAGUGAAGCAGCCCCCCCCCACCAUCAAACCCCAGUGUGACCCUGCAGGAGUGACCACCGCCUUGUUCUCGCUCAACGACAACACCAGAGCGGUCCACAACAAGGAGAACAGCACCGACGGGACCCUGGAGGACGGCUUUGAGGACAGCGGCUAUCUGUCUCUGCAAAACAGUCAACUGGAUGAGCAUCACGGGGAGGAAGAGGAGGAGGGGAAACCAGCUGUUGCACAUCAAGAAAAGACAACAUCUCCCUCCAAAUGUCCAGGGAGGACAGACUGCCCCCGUCCAGUGUCUCUGGAAGCGUCCACCCCCGUGGAUCGCCAUAAGAGGAGGACAGCCACACGCUCCCUGUCCUCCACGCCGGCCGACCGCCACAAGGACCCCAACCUGCCCAUACUCAUGUUCCAGCGGGCCGUGUGCGAGGAGCUGACCAAGAGCUACCAGAGGAACAAGAGGUAUGACUGGAGCGUCGUCACAAAGGUAGCAGACGACCAUCUCUUGGAUCGGGUCAUCGGAGGCAAGAUGGGCUGCGAGUACGUCGACGUGUUUCCAUGUCUGCUGUCCAGAAGCAUGAGGUGCAUCCUGACCCACAUCCUGUCUCUGCUGGGAGACCUGGACCUCAUCAGCUGUAAGAGAGUGAGUCGGACCUGGAGGAAGAUCAUCUGUGAAGAUUCAGCAGCUCGGAGCCGAUGUCAGAGAGCCGAGCAGGAACUCAGGGAGUCGAGCAGCUCUCUGAGACAGAAGGGCUGUGGGCUGACGAGAGACGUCUCUGUGUCCAGGGUGGUGCUGUCCUGCAUGCAGACGCUGGCCUCCUCGAGUACUCCAUCCUCCUCCCCCGGCUGCAGGCUCAUCAGACAGGCUGCUGUCUCUCAGAAGAGCGGCACGCCGAACCCCCGGUUUUCCCGCCACAGUGAAUACGUUCAGGCUGCCAGCGGUCUGAAGCAGCACGAGUCUCUCCGUCCCUGCAGACGCUGUGGCUCUCCGGCGACUCAUUCUCUGGAGGUCCAGCGGGCCACGUGCACGCGGCUCAGCUGCCAAUUCGACUUCUGCACCUGCUGCCGGGAGGCCUUCCACGGCUCGACGCCCUGCAGGGUGGUGCAGCAGCGACCCCGCCUCACCACGCCAAAGACCACCCCGGUCCUGCCGGGAGGCACUCGCAGCAAGAGGAACCUCCGGCGCCUGUGACGGAGCCGGACCUCCGGGUUUUAUUCUGGUUUUAACUGGACACUGAAGCACUUGAGCUCCCUGAAGUCAGUGAACGCUGCUGGACAAUCAACCAGAGAGCGCCGUCGGCUGAACACGCUGUCGUCUGCGAGCGACAAACACUUCCUGUGCCGAAAACAGAAAGAAAAAGAACACUGAACGCUUUAAAUUGUACAAUUUUAUUAUAUUUUAAAAUGAAAUGGAUGUCGAUAUAUAUUGUGGCUUUUUAAAUAGUUUUGUAU